GGUGGCAGGCUGGAAGAAGUAACAGCCUUGCAGACGGCAGGUGCAGCAUCUGCUACCCUCGGCCCACAGCAGGUGAGAACCUGAUAAAUACUGUUGCACAAACAAACUUAUCGCCGAUCCCGUCCACAGAAAACUUGUGUACAGGUAAAACACAGAAGGGACUUCUGGGAAUGCUGCUCAUCCUGGCUCUGCUGGCCCUGACGUCAUCGUGUCAAGGUCAGCGGUGGAAGCGGGUGUCGGGUGAGUUGGUGUACGUGUCCGUCGGACCGGCAGGCGUGUGGGGUGUCAACAGGCAUGGCGACAUCUACUACCGCGAGGGUACGUACAGGAGACCAAUUUCUCAAGGCUUUUCUUGGAAGAAGGUGGAGGGGCGGCUGAAGCAGCUGGACGUGGGCACAGACUGUGUGUUUGGGGUCAACGACCACGAUGAGAUUUACUAUCGCUCUGGCAUCUCGUCUGGCAAUCCUGCCGGAACCUCGUGGGUUCAGUUGCCAGGCAGCCUGAAACACAUCAGUGUAUCACCCUCUGGGGCAGUCUGGGGAGUGAACAGUCACAACGAGAUUUAUUUCAGGACGGGUACCAGCCCCAAGACUCCCACAGGUUCUGGCUGGCAGAGAGUUGCUGGCAGCUUAAAGCAGAUUUCCGCAGGACCGUCCGGUGUGUGGGGCGUCAACUCUGAAGACGACAUCUGGUACCGAGACGGCACGAAUGGCGGCAAGACAACAACCGGAAGUCGCUGGACCCAAGUUCAGGGAAAGCUUUUACAGGUCACUUCCGGGUCAAACAUCGUCCUCGGAGUCAACCUUAACCAUGAGAUUUACCGUAGAAGCGGUGUCAGCAGAAAUCUUUGGACAGGAGCUGGGUGGACUCGGGUGAAUGGAGGAUUAACGAUGGUAGAUCAGUACAACAGAGCCAUAUGGGGUGUCAACAGAGUGGGUGAGAUCUGGGUGUCAGACAGCAGCUAGAGCACCUUGUCCAGGUCACGUGAUCCUGCCCAUACACGUCACAUCGUCCCUUACGGCAACGACUUGUAUCAGCCCCACUCAGUCACGUGUCAGCUUAUCUACUGAACCACGGCAGUGAAGUCGUUUGUGAAACCACUUGCUGAAAUUAAAUAUAUGAAAAAAAAAA